AUGCCAAUUCUCAAGCGUACAGAGAAGAGGCUCGCCAGAAACACAGAUCUAGCUGAUAUCCAUAAUCACCUGAUAGAAAAGUUAGUGACCGCUGGUUAUGUUAGAAUCCUGACUCCAGACGACAUCAGCACAAGCACAGAGUCUUGGUAUUUCCCUCAUCAUGUUGUUGAACACAAUGGGAAGCAUCGACUAGUGUUCAACUGUUCGUACAACUCAGCUGGUAUAUCACUGAACAAUUACCUGUUACCUGGCCCUGUGUUGGGUCCAGCAUUACUCGGAGUACUUGUGCGAUUCCGACAGCAUCAGGUCGCAGUAUCUGGAGAUAUACAAGCAAUGUUUCACCAGGUGCGUGUCCUGCCCAGGGAUAAACCACUACUACGCUUUAUCUGGCGCAACAUGGAGACAUCAGUUGAACCAAACACAUACGAGUGGCAAGUACUUCCCUUUGGGACUACCUGCAGUCCAUGCUGUGCUACUUAUGCCCUUCAGAGACAAAUUAUUGACCAUACGGAGAACGAUGGAGAACUUUCGGAAGCAAUCCUGCAAUCGUUCUACGUUGAUAACUGUCUGCACAGUGCACCUACACCUUGGGAAACCAAAACACUGGUAACUGAACUGAGAAACGUCCUUGCAACUGGUGGUUUUAACAUAAGACAGUGGUGUUCCAAUGUGCCCUCUGUUGUUGGAGAUCUUCCUGCGGAUGCUAAGUCAGAUGCUUGUGAAUUGUGGCUGAACUUCGGAAAGGAAGACUCGCUAGAAGCAACUCUUGGUCUUCAGUGGCAGUGCAAGAGUGACAUGCUUUGCUACAAGUUCCGCCAGAUUACAUACCAUCAGCUUAACAUGAGAGUCAUGUACAAGAUCUUAGCCAGCCAAUAUGAUCCCUUGGGAUACCUUUCACCUUACCUCGCCAGAGCAAAGAUCAUUGUGCAAGAUCUGUGGAAAGGCAAAGUAGAUUGGGACACUACUAUUGAAACAGGAGAAUCUUAUGACAAAUUGAAUGCAUGGGAACGUGAACUUGUGGACAUUAAAUUGGUGACAGUUCCACGAUGCUACACUCCUGACAUUGACCUGUGUGAUAUAGCAACGAGACAGAUAAAUGUAUUCUGUGAUGCAUCAGAACGUAUUUACGGAGCUGUGGCCUAUCUCCGCACAACAAUGAAAGACCAGACUGUUAGUGUCACCUUUAUUGCAGCUAGAUCCCGAGUUGCACCAAAGAAACAACAAACUAUUCCACGCUUAGAAUUGUCAGCAGCACUGACUGGUGCACAACUAGCUGAUGUUCUAUUGAGGGAGUUGACGCUACCUGUCGAGAAAGUAAUGUUGUGGAGUGAUUCCACAACUGUGCUGGCAUGGAUUCAUUCCGAGUCAUGUCGAUAUAAAGUAUUUGUAGGUACGAGAGUCGCUGAAGUUCAAACUCUGACUAAAGUGGAGAAUUGGCUGUAUGUGAACACAAAGGACAAUCCUGCUGAUUGCAUUACACGAGGACUUACAAUACAAGAACUCAUUCAAGACUCAAAGUGGUCUUGUGGUCCUGCUUUCUUGUACGAGCCACCUGAGAAAUGGACUAGCCCAGUAGUCAAACCUGUGUUGACAGACAACAGUGAAGUUAGGAACUCCUUCUGCGGAGCUAUAUUCACUAAAGCCUCAAAGCCAUUGUUUGACGACAAACCGUAUGACAGUUGGAAUGAUCUGGUCGUCACGUCAAUUGCCAAGCUACAUGGGGCGGCCGAUUCAAAAAGAAUUUCCGACACUGUGGAUCAAACUGAGAAUGUGGAGAAUAAAGUCUACCGACAAAUUCAGGAGGAUUCUUUCCCAGAGGAGAUAUCGAACCUUGCCAGUGGGAAGGAGAUUCAGCCAAGUAGCCGAUUACUCCCCCUCAGUCCUGUGUAUGACAGUGAAUGUGGUCUCAUUCGAAUAGGUGGACGGUUAACAAAUGCGGAUUGUCUUUCAGAUUCUGUUAAACAUCCCAUCAUCUUAGAUCCACACCACCACCUCACCAAGUUACUCAUCCAGAAGUAUGAUGAGGAUCUUAAGCACCCUGGACCAGAGAGAGUGUUGGCUGAGAUGAGACGGACAUUCUGGAUUUUACGAGGCAGAGAAGCAAUCAAAAAGCACCAACAUAACUGUACAGAAUGCCAACGAUGGCGGGGUAGACCUGUUGUUCCCAAAAUGAAGGACCUUCCUAAAGCCAGGCUUCGACUCUACAAACCUGUGUUUUAUUCCACCGGAAUAGACUGUUUCGGACCGAUGUCUAUCAAGAUUGGCAGACUUGUUGAGAAGCGGUGGGGAGUUCUUUUCAAAUGUAUGACCACCCGUGCUAUUCAUUUAGAGUUGUUGGACAGUCUCAGUACUGAUGCUUUUUUAUGGCUUUCCGGAGAUUUAUCUCAAGGCGAGGCAAACCGUUUGAAGUCCUGUCAGACCAAGGUACAAACUUUAAGGGAGCUGAUGCAGAACUUCAAAGAGCCUUUUCUAUGA